UGGGAAAAGCGCUACAAGCGCAGCACUAAUGUUCGCCCUCGAAGGCAAUUCCCAUGUACGUCGUCUCUCCCUUUUUUCUAUACUGGCAAUGCCAUAUCACUGGUUCUGCUUUGAUCAAUAUUUUCCUGCUCUCUUGCUCUCGGAGUAAGAACAAGGGUUCGAUGAGAAGAAGAAGAAUCAUCAUCUUCUAUUAGUUUUCGAAGUUUUUUAUCGUUGUCGUUUUUUUGCCUUUGACCAAGAAGGUCGUUAAAAUAAAAUUGUGCCCAGAAUUGUGCAAAACAAUAAAAGUGAAGUAAAAAUUAUUGUGCGUUUUACUGUAAAGCAACGAUCGACACAGUGGUAGCAGACCGUAUUGAGAAAUAAUUUGUUGAGGCUGCAAAGGAACCCUUGCCCAAGUAGGAGCAUUUACCCGAGCCAGAAGUGCAGGUAACCAGUCGAUCAGGGAAAUUGACUCCGUGGUGACCGACUGUAGCAAAGUUGUCCCGUCAACAUCUGGUCCUUCUCAACCGGCAAUUUGGAAAAAAUAAUAAAAAUGAGUUACAAUGAUGCCUUUAAGUGCCCACUUUGUCACACUCGGCACUCUUUCCGACACUGUCGCAGCUUUCUUCAGGCGACGCCUUCAGCGAAGGACGCCAUUGUGCGCAAGUAUCAAGGCUGCGUAAAUUGUCUUGGCCUGGGUCAUCGCGUUAUUACUUGCCCUUGGAACGAAGGCUGUCGGGUAUGCAAUUUGGCCCAUCACACCUGGUUGCACCCUCUUGAUGUUAACCGGGAGGUUUGGUUGCGUAUGACCGCCGAAGUCAUGAUGCAUCUCCCGGGACUGGAUGAAACACCAAGGAAAGUUCGUGUCCUUAUCGACCCUCUUUACGAUGAAAGCUCACUCGAACUGGGCUCUCCCAGCAAUUUUGUGAUGUACCCGAGCCCUGCCACUGUUGUGCUGACAUCGACAAACAACAAUGUUCGGACGUACACCGCCAAACUUAACGUCGAGCUUGAGUCCGAGUUGUUAUCGCCACGUCACGCCGUCGAUUUGCAGUGCGUAAAAAAAGUUUACCCAAAGAAGGCGAUAGCGGAUCCCCAUUUUGAAACACCGGGAAAGUAUAAUGUGGUCUUGGGAAAAUCAGCAUCUAACGGAAUUUUCUUGGGCCUACCCAUCAUUGAACCAGGCAUGCCGUACGCUCAAAACACCAUCUUUGGCUGGACCUUUUUCGGCGACGUUGCCCGGAAGAAGUAACUGUUUCCCAACAAUUCCUACUUACCCGAUGAAAGUUAUCAGUAUUUGUUACGAUACCAUGAAGACUGAAGACCGUGGAGCUGGUUCCUUAUUUUUAUUAAUUUUUAAUUUGUUUAGUUUUUUCUAAUUUUCUAACGUUUUAUAUAAUGUCAAAAUUAAUUUCAUAGUAUACUUUAGUUGGGACCUUGUCCCAAGGGGGGGAAGAUGUUCAUGGGAAAAGCGCUACAAGCGCAGCACUAAUGUUCGCCCUCGAAGGCAAUUCCCAUGUACGUCGUCUCUCCCUUUUUUCUAUACUGGCAAUGCCAUAUCACUGGUUCUGCUUUGAUCAAUAUUUUCCUGCUCUCUUGCUCUCGGAGUAAGAACAAGGGUUCGAUGAGAAGAAGAAGAAUCAUCAUCUUCUAUUAGUUUUCGAAGUUUUUUAUCGUUGUCGUUUUUUUGCCUUUGACCAAGAAGGUCGUUAAAAUAAAAUUGUGCCCAGAAUUGUGCAAAACAAUAAAAGUGAAGUAAAAAUUAUUGUGCGUUUUACUGUAAAGCAACGAUCGACACAGUGGUAGCAGACCGUAUUGAGAAAUAAUUUGUUGAGGCUGCAAAGGAACCCUUGCCCAAGUAGGAGCAUUUACCCGAGCCAGAAGUGCAGGUAACCAGUCGAUCAGGGAAAUUGACUCCGUGGUGACCGACUGUAGCAAAGUUGUC